UCCGGACUCCCCGCAUGCUCGCAAGUCCAAUAGUUACAAAUGGCGGGUUGUCGGCAUGUAUUAGCUUCGCUGUAUAUGAAAUGUUUAUGAGUUAACAUUCGGGUUUGUUCUCUUUCCGGAAUAUACAUAACCUCGCUCAAAUAAUACCGACCGAAAUACUUUAAUGAGGCGACAUACGUUUGUUGCGGUUUCUAUUAAAUCUAAGUCAUAUUAAGCGGAAAUGCAGUCGGCAUUAGUUUUGUUGUCCAUACUUUGUGUUAUUCCAAAGAAUGGCUGCUUCAAGCUUAAUACACCCAAAGUGCUGUUGCCCUUUGCUAGAGGUACGCAAAUUAACUUCACACUGGAAACUACCGAGGGCUGCUACAGAUGGACAUCAAAUCGACCAGACAUAGCAAGCGUCCAGCCCAUAGAUGAAGAGACAAGCCGAGGCUGUUCCAGGAGAGCAGUUCUUCAAGGUGUAUCUACCCAGCCCUCCCGAUUGACCAGCACCAUUCUGGCUGAAGAUGUUGUGACAGGGCAGGUACUUCGUUGUGAUGCUAUCGUCGACGUGAUCUAUGAUGUCACCGUUGUGUCCACCACCAGAGAGCUACACCUGGAGGAUUCACCCCUUGCACUCGAAAUUAAUGCAUUGGACUCUGAAGGAAACACCUUCAGCACGCUUGCCGGUCUGGUGUUUGACUGGAGUUUAGUCAAAGAUGGGGAUGUAAAAGGAUUCUCUGAUUCUCAUAACUCAUUACGGUUUCUCAAGUUUUCUGAGUCCACAUACACGCCUCCUGAUUACAUAUCGGAAAUGGAGCGUGUUGGAAAACAGGGCAAUAUCAUUUUGGUGUCAGGCCUGAAAACAGGACACGCUAAAGUGAAGGCCAAACUACAAGAGUCACUCUAUCAAGAUGUGAAUGCAGCUGAGGUGAAACUACUGAUUUUAGAGAACAUCAUGCUGAGCCCUGCACACAACGUCUACCUCCUGGUUGGAACGUCAAUCCGAUACAAAGUCCUGAAGAUAAGACAGGGCUCGAUAGCCGAGCUUUCAAUGCCGUGUGAUCAAUAUGAGCUGCAUCUUCGGAACAGCGUGGUCGACACAAACAAUAACCCGGAUGUUGCUGUCGCACGUCUGGAUCAAAGAACCUCCAUGGUUACCGCCGUUCAACUGGGACACAUCAAUGUCGUGCUCGACCAUAAAAGUCUUCGAAUGCAAGGGGUGUUUCGUCUUCCCAAUAGCACUCUGUAUGUGGUGGAACCUGCCUACUUAGGUUUUAAAAUCCAUCCUGGAGACAGUUGGGUUCUGGAAACGGGUCGAGACUAUGAUAUCCUGAUCGAAGUACUUGAUAAAUCUGGCAACAAAAUCUACCUGUCUGACAACAUCCGUAUUGACUCAGUUUUUUCAUUGGACUACUUUGAGGUUUUGCAAUCUUCCCUGAAUGGAUCUUAUCAUAGGGUCAAAGCUAAGAAAGAUGGACUAAGUAUCAUUGAUGCUACCUUAAGAGCUGUUGAGGAUGAAAAAGGUGGGGUCCACCCACUAGCCAACCCGAUUCACAAUGAACAGGAUGUGGAAAUUUAUAACCCUAUAGUUCUAAGUCCCAGUAUUCUCAUAUUCCCAUGGCAACCCAAGGUCGGCGUCUAUCAAUACACAAUACAGGCAACCGGCGGCAGUGGAAAUUUCAGCUGGUCUUCCUCCAACCCAAGUGUGGCCACAGUGACUGUCAAAGGCGUAAUGACAACAGCCAGGGACAUUGGCGUCAGCAUAAUUAAAGCCCAGGAUAUGCGCAACCCUCUCCACUUUGGGGAGAUGAAGGUAUACGUCGUUGAACCUGUAGCAAUGGACUUUGCUCCCUGCCCAGUGGAGGCUCGAGUGGGCAUGAUUCUAGAGCUACCGCUCAGAAUAUUUGGCCGACUGGAGGAAAAGUGGAUGGAGCCUGUCAUGUUGAGUGACUGCUCCCACUUUGACCUGCAGGUAGAUGUGGAAAGCCAAGGCGUCUUUCAGCACCUUGAAGGUCGACUGGGUCCAGGCCAAGGCCACUGCAGUGGGGUGAGAGCCAAAGCCCUGGCCCCGGGCUACACCACGCUGUCGGUCAGCUACAACCAUGCCAAUGUUCACCUCCGCGCAAAGAUCACGAUUGCAGCGUAUCCUCCCCUCAUCGCUAUUGACCCCGAGUCCGUGGCUGUUGUGACACUGGGUUCCUCUAAAGACAUGCUGUUUGAGGGUGGGCCUCAGCCUUGGGUUCUGAAGCCCUCUAAGUUCUUCUGUGACUUGAAAGCUGAGAAUGAAGAAAGCGUGAGCCUGACUCUGGCUAGCCCACUCUCCCAUAAUUACGAUCAGCACUUGGUCAGAGCAACCUGCAGGGUAUUGGGAGAGCAGAUGCUGGAGGUGAGGGUGAGCAACAAGGCCAGUAUGACCAACCCUUAUCCCGCCGAAGAGCGGGCAUCUGUAAAGUUUGUUUGCGCUCCUCCGUCACGCUUCACGCUGGUCCCAGUGUACGCCGUUCCACAGCUAGAACUCUCAUGCCCUCUGCUGCAGCAGAACAAAUACGUGGUACCGGUUACAAAUUACCGGAACUCCGUUUUGGAGCUUGCAGCUUUUGAUGAACAAGGGCGGAAGUUUGACAACUUCAGCUCACUGAGCACAGUGUGGGAAUCAAGCAAAGUGUCCCUGGCCAGUAUCGAGCCAACCCUACCUAUGACCCUUGAACCUUUUGAGGAUGAAAACAAACAGAUGAAACUACACGGCCGGCAGAUCGUUGUCGUGCAUCGUCAAUCGGGGAUUGCUGCCAUCACGGCGACAGCGCUGGAAUAUCAGCGGUCUCAUAUCCAAGCAGCCAAUGUUCAUCGACGGGGUGACACGUUUACCCUUGUGUCAGCAACAUUGGAACUCCUGUUCGUUGAAGCUGUGAAGGUUCUUCCUGACACAUUGACCAUAUUCAACCACCCAGAUGUGCGGAGUACUCUUGUCGUACGAGGGGGGUCAGGACACUUUUCUGUCAACAGCAGCAUUAAAGACAUUGCAGAUGUGGUGUUUCAGGACACCCAAGGAACAGUUCAGGUUGCCCCUAUCCAGCCAGGUGUGGUGCAAUUGAUGAUUCAUGACCUUUGUUUAGCGGUCCCAUCUACAGCCAAAGCCACAGUGCGGGUUUCCGAAAUCCUGGAGGUGAAUUUGAGAGUGGUCGACAAGGUGGAAAUUGGCAAAUCAGUAAGGUGUUAUGUCACAGUAUUGAAUGACAACAAAAAGCCUUUCCCGACCAGCUAUUUCCCAUUCAUGAAAUUGACAGUCAAGGCAGAGUCUUCAAUUGUUGCAUUAACACCACUCGCAGAGUCCACAGAACAUGACACUGCGGUUUACGUUGCAAACGGUCUUUCUAUUGGCCAGACAACAUUGUCAGCUGUCGUAGUAGAUAAAAAUGGGAGAAAAAUUUCAUCCGCCCCUCAACAAAUCGAGGUAUUUCCACCAUUCAAACUCAUCCCUCGGAAAAUGACUCUGCUGAUUGGAGCAAUGAUGCAGAUCACAUCUGAGGGGGGCCCUCAGCCUCAGUCCAAUAUUCUCUUUUCUAUCUCUGAUGAGGACAUCGCUUCUGUUAACGGUAUAGGUCACGUCAAGGGUGUGAGCGUCGGUAACGUCACUGUGACAGGACUCGUCCAAGCUGUCGAUGCUGAAACCGGCAAGUUGGUUGUUGUGUCAAAGGAUCAGGUAGAAGUUGAGGUUGUGCAUUUGACUGCCAUUCGAAUUCGAGCACCCAUUACACGUAUGGAGACGGGAGCGCAGAUGCCUGUGUUUGUGAUGGGUUUGACCAAUAGCCAAACACCCUUCACCUUUGGCAAUGCUGUGCCAGGACUUAGCUUCCACUGGUCCACUACCAAAAGGGACAUCCUGGAUGUACAGUCAAGACACUCUAUGGCUAAUGUGGAGCUCAACGCCGAGCACAAUUUCGGCAUGAGCGUGACGGGUCGAACAAGAGGGCGGACUGGGCUCAAGGUUGUCCUCAGAGUUGUCGAUCCGGUUGUUGGUCAACUUGCUGGGGAUCUUCCAGAGCUCAAAGAUGAGAUCCAAAUCCAGGUCUAUGACAAGCUACACAUGAUUAAUCCCCAAGUCGAGUCCGACGAGAUACUCAUGACUCCAAAUUCAGCCCUCAAACUCCAAACCAACAGGGAUGGUGUGGGUGCACUGUCAUACCAAAUGAUGAAUUACGCUGACCAAGUUGCUAUCGCGCAAGUUGAUGACAAGGGCUUCCUCUUCUCUGGCCCACUCACUGGCAUUUCAUCACUGCUGGUUACUUCACAAGAGUCUUUUGGUGUCAAUCAAACUCUCAUCGUCGCGGUAAAGGUGGUACCUGUGUCCUACGUGCGCUUCAGUACCAGUCCAGCGUUACACACGCCCACCGGGGAGAGCUUGAAAGCCCUCCCUUUGGGCAUUGUCCUCACCUUCACCGUUCAUUUUCACACCAGCACUGGAGAGACUCUCCACAGCGCCAACAGCCGUGUCACCUUCUCCACAAACAGGGAUGAUCUGGUGCAGGUCGGGUCUGGGCCUGAUAACCACACGUUGACGGUCAGGACGGUCAACGUAGGCCUCACGCUUCUGUCUGUGCACGACAACGAAAACACUGUGAUGGCGGACUACAUUCCUCUUCCCGUGGAGCAUGCCAUCCUGCCAGGAGAGGCCCAGAGCCUGGUGGUGGGAGACGUCAUUUGCUUUACUGCACAGCUGACCAGUCAAGAGGGAGGUCAUGGUAUUUGGAGCUCCUCCGCCAAUGCUGUGCUCCAGGUGGAUUCCAAAACCGGUGCAGCUGUGGCCAGAGACUAUGGGGCAGCUACCGUGUACUACGAGAUACCUGGUGUUUUAAAAACAUACAGAGAGGUUGUGGUGGAAUCGUCUACAAAGACAGCCGCAAUGGCGCAGGCCUUGGCAGUCAGAAUUGGCAAGCAGACUGAAGUCUUACUCACAACCAGAGGACAAGGAACCAACCUCAUUGGAACCUGCUCCUCGAUCCAGACAGAAGCCAUCGCGCUACUGCAACCAGAAACUUCUGUCGCUUGCCUCCUCAGCUUUACGAGUGAUGCUGUUGAUUUCCCUCCAAGCAGCGUCUUCAAAACACACACCAGUUUUGAUCCCAGCAUUGGCUUGUACAAGUGUUUAAUGAGCCUGCAGCCAAUGGCAGACCAGCUAACCCGAGUUCUCAGCAUGUCCAUGACCAACUUGCUAGUGAAGGCUGGCCUGGAGGGCAGCGCCUUCUCUGGGGAGCAGGUUAGCACCAGACUGCUGAUAGAGCCCGCCCUCUACUGCGACCAGACGGAGCUGAUGCUCUCCAACUUGCACCCAUCUGCGGAGCUCUCAGUCUUCGGUCCAGCUGCUGCCCUCGCAGACAUGGAGGUGGUAUCCAGUUCUCCCAUCAUUGGUAUUCAGAAGAUCGAGGCACACAGCAGUCUGUCGAAGUACAUCAUCAGGGUUUUGGACCUGCGAGCAGCUGACUCUGCUUCCAUUACCAUCAGUAGUGCCUCCUCGGGUCAGAAUCUCAUCAUCCCGGUCACUUUGAUACACGAGGCUGAGCCUGGUGCAGGCAUGCAAGCUGCUGCACAAUUUGUUAACAGAGAGGGGGGCCACCCACCACACGACUCUUACCACGUGAUGCUGUUUACCCUGUUUGCCUUGCUAGCUGGUACAUCCAUCGUCAUCAUCGUCAUCCACUCUGUGUUCUCUCCGAAGCAGCAAACGUACCCUCCUUUCACCCUCGGGAGCUCUCCACCCGUCGCUGCCCCAGAUUCUUUCAAUCAGUCCAUACCUGGGAUGGAGACAAACAGCAACUCCAGGUUGCGUCUCUUCUCUCCCAACUACUGACAAAGCCUUCAUCAUCCCUCUCGUCCCACAGAGGGUCAUGACUGAAUGUACCUCAAUACCCUCACAGUGAAAGCUGUUGGAUGCGACUGCAAAAUCGUUUUAUUUUGAUGUUGGUACGAGACAUGCAAUGGAGGGCGGCUCGGAGGCGCACUGGGUAGCCCGUCCGCCUCACAGUUAGGAGGGUGCCGGUUCGAUUCCACCUUCGACCCUCCCUGUGUGGAGUUUGCAUGUUCUCCCUGAGCCCGCGUGGGUUUCUUCCGGGCACUCCGGUUUCCUACCACAUCCCAAAAACAUGCUUGGCAGGCCGAUUGAGCGCUCCAAAUUGUCCCUAGGUGUGAGUGCGAGUGUGACUGGUUGUUUGUGUCUGUGUGCCCUGCGAUUGGCUGGCAACCAGUUCAGGGUGUUCCCCACCUGUGUGCCCGAGGACUGCUGGGAUAGGCUCUGGCACCCCCGCGACCCACGUGGGGACAAGCGGCAUAGAAAAUGGAUGGAUGGAUGGAUGGAUGGAUGGAUGGAUGGAUGGAUGGAUGGAUGGAUGGAUGGAUGGAUGGAUGGAUGGAUAUAUUUGCAAUGGCCUUUAAAUGCUUUCGUGCGUGUUUGUGCGUGGGUGUGUGCGUGCACAUAGAACAAAGUUUCAAUAGCUCACUGUCCUUGUUCUACCAUUUGCUGAGUUCUGUUAUACAAGCCCACUCCAUUGUUCACGAAACUCAUAUUGUUGCCUGACUUCUAAACAUGUUUUUUUUUUUCUCCCGGUAAGGUUAUGCUGUGUAUUGGUUGACUUUGCCAACUUAUCAGUUUUCUUGUAAACUCAACAGAAGCCACAUGCUUUUGUGACAAAAAAAACUGACUUGAAAAUGCGAAGAAAUGUCCUUUGUUGUUGUAGCCUACACACAUUUUACCGAAAAGCCUACUGAAAGCAAUUUAAAAUGUGACAAAUCCUUCAAAUGUGCAUCAUCAGUUCAGUGAUAUCAGUUUGAGCCAUGAUGCGUGCAGCUUUUGUUCAAUUGAUCAAUGUGAAACAGUAAAAGAUGUUAAGCAUCUUUCUUGAGUUGAGGAGCUUCACUGCAAGAAAACAAAAUGUGACAGUCUUCAGGUUUUGUUUGGACCUGCUCAAGAUACUGGCAUAAAAGACUGAUUUCCGUGAAAAUGUCUUGAUUUUUUUGGCUAAAUGUUCACCGUGACGGUAUGUUUUCCUCUUGUUGGUUUCCUUGCGUGAAUAUGCCUUUUCAAGUAAUUGUCGUGAUUUUGUUGGGAAAAUGUUAACUGUGAUGGUAUGUUACAUUUCUGUUUUCCUCCAUUGGUUUUUUUGUAAAUACGCCAAAUAAAAGUCAUUGAUUAAAAUUCAGCAAA